AUGACUGCAUACUCGCAAGACCAACUUACCCGUUACCUCGAGCACAUCUCCUAUCCUCGCUCCAAACAUCCCAGAGAUGAACUUCAACUCCUCACUGAGCUUCAAGCCCAUCAUCUUGCGCGGGUGCCGUUCGAGUCCAUUGGCCUUCACUACUCUCCGCAUCGCAUCCUGUCGCUUGACCCAGAUGACCUGUUCGAAAAGGUCGUGGAGAAGAGCAAAGGCGGCUACUGCCUUGAGAUGAACACUUUCUUCUGCGAAAUUCUCAGAGUCCUCGGAUUCACUGUCCUGCCCAUUGGCGCAAGAGUCAAGGUCGGCCCACGAUACGGUGGCAUGACUCACUGCAGCAAUAUCGUCAUCAUUGACCAGACGCGCUACCUCGUCGACGUCGCCUUCGGCAGUUACGGCAUCUUCCAUCCUGUUCCCUUAACCUCCGGCCUCGAAUUCGACAACAUCCUCCCCCGCAGAGGAAAGCUCGAGUUCCGGCCUCUCGCACAGUCCACUUCACCCUCUACCCAAGCCCUAUGGGUGUAUUCCUCUCAGGACGACCCUUCCGCCGAAUGGGUUGAGCGAUACUGCUUCACGGAGACGGAAUACUUCCGCGAAGACUAUGAAGUAAACAAUUACUUCUGCAGCACGCAUCGCACGUCGAUUUUCGUCAAUCAAGUUAUUGUCUUGAGGGGCAUCCUGAAUGACAAGGGAGAUGGGCUUAGUGGCGUGCUGACCAUGUUCCAAGGGGAAGUCAGAAAGCGAGUUGAAGGCGUAGAUGGGAUGCAAGUGAUGGAGACGAUGAGCAAUGAAGAGGAGAGAGUCAAGGCGCUGGAGAAGUGGUUUCAGAUACCACUGACAAAGUCGGAGGCACGGGCCAUUCUAAGACUGCCAAGCGAGCUGACACAGGUUCGCAAGAGUGCAGUAUCAUGA